AUGGCAGGGGCUCUGCUGGGCGUGCUGCUCCUCCUGCAGCUCCUGGGUGCCUGUGAGGCGGAGAACGAGGAGCUGCGUCUUUACCACCAUCUCUUCGACAACUACGACCCCGAGUGCCGGCCCGUGAAGGAGCCUGAAGAGACGGUCACCAUCACCCUCAAGGUCACCCUGACCAACCUCAUCUCCCUUAACGAGAAAGAGGAGACCCUGACCACCAGCGUCUGGAUCGGAAUCGACUGGCAGGAUUACCGACUCAACUACAGCAAGGAUGAUUUUGGGGGCGUGGAGACCCUGCGGGUCCCUUCAGAACUCGUCUGGCUCCCAGAGAUUGUGCUGGAAAACAACAUUGACGGCCAGUUCGGCGUGGCCUACGACGCCAACGUGCUGAUCUACGAGGGCGGCUACGUGAGCUGGCUGCCCCCCGCCAUCUACCGCAGCACCUGCGCCGUGGAGGUCACCUACUUCCCCUUCGACUGGCAGAACUGCUCGCUCAUCUUCCGCUCGCAGACCUACAAUGCAGAAGAGGUGAACUUCGUCUUCGCAGUGGAUGACGAGGGCGAGACCAUCAGCAAGAUCGACAUCGACACCGAGGCCUACACGGAGAACGGCGAGUGGGCCAUCGACUUCUGCCCCGGGCUGAUCCGCCGCCCCAACGGCGCCUCCGCGGGCGGCCCGGGUGUGGUCGACGUCAUCUACACGCUCAUCAUCCGCCGGAAGCCGCUCUUCUACGUCAUCAACAUCAUCGUGCCCUGCGUGCUCAUAUCGGGCCUGGUGCUGCUCGCCUACUUCCUGCCGGCGCAGGCCGGCGGCCAGAAGUGCACGGUGUCCAUCAACGUCCUGCUGGCCCAGACCGUCUUCCUGUUCCUGAUCGCGCAGAAGAUCCCCGAGACGUCGCUGAGCGUCCCGAUGCUGGGCAGGUACCUCAUCUUCGUCAUGGUGGUUGCCACGGUCAUCGUCAUGAACUGCGUCAUCGUACUCAACGUGUCCCUGCGGACGCCCACUACGCACACCAUGUCCCCUCGGCUGCGCCACGUCCUGCUGGAGCUGCUACCCCGCCUCCUGGGUUCGGGCGCACCCCCCGAGGCUCCCCCGGCCACCUCACAGCCGAGGCGGGCUUCGUCCGUGGGCCUGCUGCUCCGGGCCGAGGAGCUGAUACUGAAAAAGCCGCGGAGCGAGCUCGUGUUUGAGGGGCAGAGGCACCGGCACGGGGUCUGGACCGCUGCCCUCUGCCAGAGCCUGGGCGCCGCCGCCCCCGAGGUCCGCUGCUGCGUGGACGCCGUGAACUUCGUGGCCGAGAGCACGCGGGACCAGGAGGCCUCCGGCGAGGAGGUGUCCGACUGGGUGCGCAUGGGGAAGGCCCUGGACAACGUCUGCUUCUGGGCCGCCCUGGUGCUCUUCGGCGUGGGGUCCAGCCUCAUCUUCCUCGGGGGCUACUUGAACCGAGUGCCCGAUCUGCCCUACCCGCCGUGCAUGUAGACGGCGACC